UUACUAGAACCUCUUUCUAAAUUCUCCACCGCCUAUAUUCUCAACUGCCGCCUCCUUUGCAACGAUCAUAGAAUCGAAUUCUUGCUUAGCAAAAAAGGGUAAGGCAAUCAGAUAGAAGACUUUCUUUAAGAUGGACACAACAAGCAAAAAUUGUUCUGUGCUAGCAUUUACAGAUGACACGGUUCUUACUGUAAAUACUGUUAUGGAUGCUGUUAGGGAGCUUGGUAAUGAAGUGGCUGAUCAAUGCCACCCUCAAAUCGUCUCACAAGCCUCGUCUCUAAGCAAGCUGCCAGUAGAUUCUUCAUCUAUGGAUAUCGUCAUUUCCUUCUGUAAGUCCCCGCAAUUUCCAGGUGAUCUCUUAUUUAAGGAUAUUUCAAGAGUAUUGAAACCUGGUGGGACUGUUCUGAUUCACAAGAUUUUUCAGUCUUUUGCCGAUGAAACAGAUAAGGCAAUGCUUGCCCUUGAGCGCAAGUUGCUAUUGGAAGGGUUCUUAGAUGCUCAAGGUCUCCAAUUGAAAUCAGUUGGAAUAUCUGAAGCUGAUCAAUCUUUUGUUGUAAAAGCCAAGAAGCCUUCUUGGAAGAUUGGGUCAUCCUUUUCCCUGAAGAAGUCCACAAAGGGUUCAGUUAAGGUUCAAUUUGAUGAUGAUUUAAUUGAUGAAGAUAGUCUCUUGACUGAAGAUGAUUUGAAGAAACCUCAAAUAGCACCUGUUGGUGACUGCGAAGUUACAAGCACAAGGAAAGCAUGCAAGAAUUGUACAUGUGGGAGAGCUGAGGCAGAAGAGAAAGUACAGUUAGGACUGACAAUGGACCAGCUGCAUAAUCCUCAAUCAGCAUGCGGCAGUUGCGGACUAGGGGAUGCGUUUCGCUGCAGUACAUGCCCUUACAAGGGUCUUCCACCAUUCAAAGAGGGCGAGAAGGUAUCACUGUCUGCGAACUUCCUUGCGGCUGAUUUUUGAACUUUUGAAGAUGAUGAAGUUGGAAUAUAUUUUACAAUUUCUGAAAUUGCAAAUGUUUUUGGGGAGAUACAAGGAGUUUGUAUUUAGGAGACCUGACAGAGGCUCAGCUAAAUGUUUAAGUUUUGAGAGAAAUUGAUUAGCUAGUUUGUUUUUGUUGGUUAAAUUGAAAAAUAAGAUGGUUCUUCUAAAGGAAGUUUGAAAAUGAAGUGAUUUUUUUUAAGUCAUUUUAGAACCGUCCACCAUGGAUGAUUGGCAAUUGGCCGGUGGCCACAGAAAUUAUUGAAUUUACCUUUAAUGUAA